AAAAAAAGUACUGCCUUAUGACUCUUGUCUUGACAUAAGGUGUGUUCCGACUUCCGCUCGCGAUUUCCCGCUUCAUCUUGGCUAAUAAUGGCCCUCCAAGAUGAUCAAGCCUGCAGGGAGUCGGGGGAAGAAAUGAGCCUCUUGAGCGUCCCCGUCGUCCGGUCCGCUUCUGGAGGCGCCGCCCUCAACCGCGCGCUCUUCUCCAAGAAGAUAGGCCUCGCGGCGGCGACGGUGAAGGAUGCGAAGAACAUUGGAAAGUACCGCCAGGCCCUCCAAAGUGGUGGGGAGAUAUUGCGCGCGGAGCGCUUGUCGGCCGUCGCGCCCGAUCCCGACAAGGACCUUGCCGCUCGGGGGCGAAAGUGUCUCCUUUUGAGGCCCGGAAUCAGAGCUGAUGACUCGGGAACCUGGGGGCCGGUUCUCAAGGAGGGAGUACAAAAGGAGGACCUAGGAGUUGUCCCUUACGAACUCGCGCUUGACUAUGACUACUGGACCUAUUACGAUGUCAUGGCCUCCAUCUUACCAGAGGAGUUUCAUGACGAUAUUCCCAAUGGUUUCAACACGGUCGGCCACGUAGCGCAUCUCAAUCUCCGGGACCGCUUUCGUCCCUAUAAAAAGCUGGUAGGGGAGGUGCUUGUGGACAAGAACCCCCAGAUACGGACGGUAAUAAACAAGAUCGAUAAUGUCGGCACGGAAUCCGAGUAUCGGACGUUCGAGUACGAGGUCCUAGCGGGCCCAGAUGACUUGGACGUCGAGGUCAUGGAAGGUGGUUGUGUGUUCAGGUUUAAUUACGCCAAGGUCUAUUGGAACAGCAAGCUCGAGACGGAACACCGGAGGAUCAUCAACCUCUUCAAGCCCGGAGAAGUCGUAUGCGAUGUCAUGGCAGGCAUUGGGCCCUUCGCGGUCCCGGCAGGGAAAAACGGAGUGUUCGUCUGGGCGAACGACAAGAACCCAGAAAGCCACUUCUAUCUCAAAAAAGCGAUCGAGGCUAACAAGGUUUCGCAAUUCGUCCGACCCUUUAACGAAGAUGGCCGAACGUUCAUCAGGGACGCCGCGGAUGCCGUCCUCGAGGCCUCACGCAAUGGUGAAGGUGCAGUGCUACCCCCCAAGCGCAGCCCAAGAAUGGCACUACCCGUGGCCCCUGAGCCGAGGCGGGUGCCACUCCCACCGACGAUCUCUCACUUCGUCAUGAAUCUCCCGGCCUCAGCCAUUACCUUCCUGGGGAGUUUUAAGGGAGUGUAUUCGGGCAGUGAGGCUCUGUUCGCCCCGAAGACGGGGACGAAACCCCCCCUGGUCCACGUGCACUGCUUCGCCUUGAAAAGCGACGACAGCGUGCCGCUGAUCGAUAUUUGUGAGAGGAUAUCGAAGGAGAUAGGGGUAACAAUGAAGCCCGGAGACCCGGAGGUCGAGGGUGAGGUGGGCAUACACGAUGUCCGGGACGUCGCCCCAGCGAAGCGUAUGUUCUGCGCUACAUUCCGGUUGCCCGCCGAGGUCGCGUUUGCUCCGAGGGAAUGAGCAAAUCGGCGUGCUCUGGGUUUACAUUGCAGUCAGGAGGAAUAAUGUGAUCCUCUCCAGACGUGGCCUUUUCCGGAAACGAACCCCCGCAAAUCAAGCAAUGGGGGUGGCUUCAGUCAAGAAUGCAUCUGUCAACAAGUAGCUGCAGGCAAUGUCCGCAUUGCCGUAUGUGCCGCUUGUCCGGGGGGACUUGUCGUCCGUCGACCGGAUAAGUCUCCGGAAGCCGCGGAAGCUGGCAAGACCUAUUGAGAGACAUGCAAAUCACCGUUAGAUUGACAAUGGCAGUGAAUUGACCCCCGCGCAACUUAAAACCCACGCCCCUUGCAGCCCACUGGCACUGGCACUGGCACUGGCACUGGCACUGGCCAGGCUCCUUGGAUGCGCCACGACAUUCUUACACAAAUAUGGUCGAUGUGCUGCG